CUUUGAUCUCUUCUUAUUAGUCUGAGUGUUUUGUCUGUCACGCUCUUUCUCUCUCUCCGCUUCACUUUUCCGUAAUAAACCUUUCAAAAGCGAAAACCGUUUCUCGUUUUGUUUUUGGACCUUAUCUUUAUUCUUAGGUUCGAUUCUGCGUACGUUGGGAGGAGGAACAGACACACAUGAAGGAUUCGAAUUCGAAUUCGGAUCUGUUUGACCCGGUCAUGGCGAUGGAGUCCGAGUGGUCUCGCGGCGGCGGCGGCACCUCCGACGCCGAUUUCGCCUUCGCCUUCAACGACAGCAACUUCUCCGACAGGGUUCUCCGGAUCGAGAUUAUGAACGACCCCGUCGACGCCCGCCCCGAUUCCGACGCCUGCGCCACCAUUGCCGACUGGGCCCGCCACCGCAAGCGCCGCCGCGAGGAUAUCAAAAAGGAUAACGGUGUGGAUCUUGCUUCGGUGCCAGAUGAGCAAGUUUUGAACGGGCAUCAAUCUGAAGUGGAUGAGUGUGAGAAUCAAGAUGAAGAGCCUGAUGCAAUGGUUGAAGAACCUCAUUCUGGUGAUGAAGCUACAAACAGUAAUGAUUCAGACUGGAGCAUGGAUUGCUCUGCAGGUGCAGUUGUUAGAGUUAAAACACUGCAUAUCAGUUCUCCUAUCCUGGCUGCUAAGAGUCCUUUCUUCUAUAAGCUUUUCUCAAAUGGGAUGAAGGAGUCUGAGCAAAGACAUGUCACCCUCAGAAUUAAUGCCUCUGAAGAGGUUGCUCUCAUGGAGCUACUGAAUUUUAUGUACAGUAAUACCUUGACCACUACUACGGCACCUGCAUUGCUGGAUGUGUUGAUGGCUGCUGAUAAAUUUGAAGUUGCUUCAUGCAUGAGAUAUUGUAGCCGAUUAUUGCGGAAUAUGCCUAUGACACCUGACUCUGCAUUGCUUUAUCUGGAGCUUCCUUCUAGUGUCUUAAUGGCUGAUGCAGUCCAACCAUUGACUGAUGCUGCAAAACAGUAUCUUGCUGGUCGAUACAAGGAUAUAACCAAGUUCCAGGAAGAAGUUAUGGCCUUGCCCCUAGCUGGAGUAGAGGCAAUAUUGUCUAGUGAUGAUCUCCAGGUCGCAUCAGAAGAUGCUGUAUAUGAUUUUGUGUUGAAGUGGUCUCGACAGCAGUACCCUAAACUGGAAGAUAGGCGAGAAGUCCUGAGUGCCCGGCUUGCACGACUAAUUCGCUUCCCUUACAUGACCUGCCGAAAGCUUAAGAAGGUCUUGACCUGUUCCGACUUUGACCAUGACAUUGCAUCCAAGCUUGUACUCGAGGGCCUAUUUUUCAAGGCCGAGGCUCCGCACCGCCAACGGUCGCUGGCAGCAGAAGACUCCGCUUCUUCAAACCGUCGUUUUGUGGAGAGGGCAUACAAGUACCGCCCCGUGAAGGUGGUAGAAUUCGAACUUCCCCGGCAGCAGUGUGUGGUGUACUUGGAUCUAAAGCGGGAGGAGUGUAACAACCUGUUCCCGUCCGGCCGGGUUUAUUCUCAGGCAUUCCAUUUGGGUGGACAAGGUUUUUUCCUAUCAGCACAUUGCAACAUGGACCAACAAAGCUCUUUCCAUUGCUUUGGGCUGUUUUUGGGAAUGCAGGAAAAGGGCUCAGUGAGCUUCGCCGUCGACUAUGAGUUUGCUGCGAGGUCUAGGCCGACGGAGGAAUUUGUUAGCAAGUACAAAGGCAACUACGUGUUCACAGGGGGAAAGGCCGUUGGCUAUAGAAACUUGUUUGCUAUUCCAUGGACUUCGUUCAUGGCCGAGGAUAGUCUUUACUUUAUCAAUGGUGUCCUCCACCUUAGGGCUGAGCUCACAAUCAAACACUGACCCCAAUUUCUAGUGGUAAACUCACAUUCUAUUCCAGUUGGUAGCCUUGACCUUUUUUUAGAUCUCGAAUUCUCAUUUUCUGUUAACACAAGUAAAUGAGUAAUCUAUCAAAAGCUUAAAUAUACAGGCAUGUGCACUAAAGUGGCUAGUGUUGCUUGUGAUUGAGAAGAUAUAACUAGGACCGUUAUAUGUUAUCUAGUAUUCUAGGUUAAGUGAACCUGCCUUCCAUUUUCCGUGAUUUUCUCAUAAUCGGUUUCUAAGUGUCGGAUUUGAUAUCA